CAAUGCUCUGCUCGCGCUGAGCUGUAAAACUGGCUCGCGGAGCUAUUCCUGGUGACGUCACGAGCCGGUUGUUUGACGGGGUGGCUGCCGCAGCGCCAGGACUACCGAGCGGAAAUAUGACCGACAAUGACCUCGACUGCAGCGUGUGUUAGUGUAUUGCUCUUAUCGUUCUGGAUUCGACACUUGUAAACACGCGAUUUUAUUAUCGCUGCUGCUGUUGUUAUAAUCGUUUUUAGAUUAAAUCCGUGCAUUUGGUGUAACGUUAGGUCAUUAGCCACGAGUCUUUCUUAUCUCGAGAGCGCGACACAUACAGCGCGUGUCUGUGUUUUUAGGCUCGCCUCCAGCUUUACCGGAGUCGUGCGCUGUAGACCUUUGCUCUGCAUUUAAAUAUGGAUAAGGCCAAAUCAGUGAUGGAUCAGAAAGGUUCGGGUCCUUGCUACACAAACGGCAUGCACAAGUCAAUCCGGCGACAGCUGAGCAACGGGAGCUGUAGCCCGUACAGUCCGACGGACGAUAAUCACCAUCAUCAUCUUCAUCACGACCCUCAAACCAACGGGUCCCCGGCGAAAAGGUGUCGGCUGCGGAGGCGACUGGAGUCGGCGAAGAAAAACAGACCGCCCUUUCCAUGGUUUGGGAUGGAUAUUGGUGGUACUUUAGUAAAGCUUGUUUACUUCGAGCCAAAAGACAUCACCGCAGAGGAGGAGCAGGAGGAGGUGGAGAAUCUGAAGAGCAUACGCAGGUACCUCACCUCCAACACAGCUUACGGCAAAACCGGCGUCCGUGAUGUGCACCUGGAGCUGCGCAACCUGACCAUCUGCGGUCGCACUGGGAACCUGCACUUCAUCCGCUUCCCCACUGCUGCCAUGCAUAGAUUCAUACAGAUGGGCAGAGAUAAGCACUUCUCCAGCCUGCAUACCACUCUGUGUGCCACCGGUGGUGGGGCGUACAAGUUUGAGAAUGACUUCAGAACGAUGGCAGACCUAGAGCUGCUGAAGUUGGAUGAGCUGGACUGUCUGAUCCAGGGGCUGCUGUACAUAGACUCGGUCGGUUUUAACGGUCAUCCUGAAUGCUAUUACUUUGAGAACCCCUCCGACACACAGAACUGCAUCAAGAGACCCUGUUGUCUUGACAACCUUUUUCCCAUGUUGCUGGUCAACAUUGGCUCGGGCGUCAGUAUUCUGGCAGUGUACUCCAAGGACAACUACAAACGUGUGACAGGCACCAGUCUUGGAGGAGGGACAUUUUUGGGGUUGUGUUGCCUGUUGACGGGUUGUGAGACAUUUGAGGAGGCCCUUGAGAUGGCCAGCAAAGGGGACAGCACCAACGUGGACAAACUGGUGAAGGACAUCUAUGGAGGGGACUACCAGCGUUUCGGCCUACAGGGGUCUGCAGUGGCUUCAAGUUUUGGUCACAUGAUGAGCAAAGAGAAGAGGGACAGUAUUUCUAAAGAGGAUUUGGCUCGAGCAACACUCGUCACCAUAACCAACAACAUUGGCUCCAUCGCACGCAUGUGUGCAGUCAACGAGAAAAUUGAACGGGUUGUUUUUGUGGGGAACUUUCUGCGUAUAAACACAGUGUCAACGAAGCUUCUUGCCUAUGCUAUGGACUUCUGGUCUAAGGGCCAGCUGAGGGCCCUUUUCCUGGAACAUGAGGGAUACUUUGGAGCCGUUGGUGCUUUUCUAGAACUGCUGAAGUCAUCUGAAGAUGCAUAAAUGAAAGGAAUCAUCAUCUCUGAAGCUCCAACAGGAACACUGGAAUUCUGGGAACACUGGGAAAUUUAAAAGAAGCCAUUAUAGAAAUUAAUCUGUAAAUAACCCUUAAAAUAAGAUUUGAACGAAUAUUUUUAUGAGUAACUUCGUCUCCCUCAGACUGACGACUAAUGGAACCUAAUUGUUAAUUUUUUUUCCUGUUGUUGUUAUUCUCCUUUUGUACUGUUUGUAAAUAUCAUUGUGUAGUGACCAGGGAGAGUUUACUGAUGGCAAAAACCUGCUGUGUUAAAGUUUUGCUGUUCUUGACCUGCCACCAGGUGAUAGUGUGUUCAACAAAUUAAGGCUUGAUGCUCAGUCAAAUGAUGGACCUUUUUGAGUUAAACUGCUGUUCAGACCCCAAAUGAUGUUUAACACACUAUUCUAAUUCAGAUUUAAGCCUCAGGUGCUGUGUUAAAUGUGUCCUGGCUGUUGGGGGACACAGAUCGUCUAAGUAAAGAAAAGACACUAUUCUCAGCUUAGAGCAGCCUUUUCCAGUUGCCUCUCCUUUCACACUUCCUCUUUGCUACAGUUAACAGUUUUCCAUGCGUUAAGGCAAAAAAGUUCAGUUCAGAAUCAGUUCACUGUUGGAAUUCUGUCAGAACAGUUGAAAAUAUAUAUUUGCGCUGAUUCACAUGAAGCCUUUAAUUUUAAAAGGAUACACAGAAAGCUCAGGGUGUCUCACAUUUUCAGUUGGGAGAGGGACUUCUGUGGGACCAAGUGGCCAAUUUGACACUUCAGAUAGAAAGUUCCCCUAACAUACCACAUGUCCUCUUUGCCCAGCUUUGCCUCUUCUUUUUCCGUUCUGCCUUUUCCCAUUCUUUUUCCUAUCUAAACCAAAGCUACUUCAUUCAUCUUUGUCAGAAUGCACACAGUUAUAUGCAUAUACCUCCUCUUUGGUUGCCUUCCUCUUGUCCAUGGUUUAAAAAAAACGGCACUAACAGUAUUCAAAGUAGCCGAGAGAUGUCAAACCAGAAAGAUUAAGUCAGUAUGACAGCAAUUAUCCACAACCCCCCUUUCUUCACCAUUCAUAUAUCAAAUAUGUUUAGGCAGUUCAAAGCCUCACCCUUUGUGUUUCCAUUGUAGUGCCAAACUGAGAAGUGGGAGGAGUCAAACCAGACAGCCUGCCAGUACAAGCAUUCCUGCUUUGCCAGGCCAUGCACCAUAUUACUUCUCCCAAAAGUCACCUAGCAUUAGAGUAUUAAGAUGAAAUUCAAUAUGUAAUCAAAAAUAAAAACACUACCCCAUUACUAGUUCAAUUCUGUUCUUCAGUCCUGCUGUCUUUCAUGUCUUCUUUGUGAUUGCUCUCUACUUUUAACUUAUGUGGCUGUUUUUAGGUUGUGUUUUUAUGAUUUCUUUUUUUUUAUUGAAACUGAAAUUUCUAAUAAAAAUCAACAUUAGAUUUUUGGGACCUCACAUCAACUGCAAUAUUUUCUUUUACAGAAAAUACAUAUCUAGGUUGUUUUUUUUUUUCACCCUUUUAUGUGAGAUUUUUUUUGGGUGUUAAAAAUGCCUGGUUAAAAAUGCUUAUUCCUUUAUAAUAUUUAAUUAUUGCUUUGGUUGGCCUUGUAUGUUUGGCAUUAAAUUAUUUUAGGUAAAACAUUUGGCUGCAAUUCACAGUCAUUGUUGUGUGAUUUUAUUUUAUUAUUAUUUUUACUUUUUAUUUGUAUUGUAUUGUAAGGAUUUAUACGAUCCAGUUUUAAACACCUCAUUCUAGAUUUGGAAGCUCUGUUUGUUUACCAAACACUAUAUAUCAAUAUGACAGCAGUAUGCCAUGUGGAUAAUUAACAUUCAUAAAGAUUGUAUAUUUAUUGUAUUGUUAGCUAAUUUUUCUUGUCGCACAAUCCUAGAAAGAUUCAAGUGUGAACUUGCUUCAAAGUGUUCAAGCCUGUCAUUGCACUGCAUUUUUUCUAUGCUAUACCGAAACAAAGCUGUUAUCCAUUGUGUAUUAGUCACAGCUUUGUGCUUUGCAAACAUUACAAUCUUACCAGUAAGCAAGUUACAGCAAUUUUGUAUAUUGAAGAAAAAACACCACAGACUGUAUUAGUGUAUUAGUCUGUAUUGCAGAAGGUAGUUGAGAGGUCAUUUUAAUGUUCUCUUCCUCUGAAAAGUGACAUUCACUCUUCUUGCUAUGCAGUAAAGUCAGCUCUGAAUGUUGUUUGCUGAAAGCAGUUUGGUUGAUAGAGUCAUGUGUCUCUUAGAAACUAGCUGCUCAUGUCCUGUUUGCCAAUUUUGUCAGUAAUGCUGUUAUUCAGAGUGAAAGGGGUUUUUGAAACAUUGUUCUUUUCUCUCCAAGAUUUUUCUGUGUCUGUUUUCUUUUGAUUCCUACUGAUAAUUUGAAACAAAUGACCCUUUGCGUUGCUUGUUUGAUGCUACUCUAAUGGAUAUGUUGUGCUGUUGUAUCAGAUUGUACAAACAUGUAAAUAUUCUUAUCUUUGUUUUUCAUCUCUCAGAUAUCCGAAGCCUGUGUUGAUAUUUGUGGCUUUAUUAAGAAAACAUGAGAGACUUGAUAUCUGUGUGAUUCACUGGGUUUAAUUGAUUCUAUUAUGCAUAGACUCAAGGAAGGAAAUUUUAAAGAAUAAUAAAAGUUUUAAAACAUAAA